CUAAGGAAUGUAAAACUUACCACGAAUCCGAAGACAUUUUCAGAUUUUCAAGAACCGGAUAUCACAAGAGACUUUCCAUGCGCAUGCGCGAUGAACUUCAACAAGUGCUUUCAACUUUGACCCAGUUGUUGUUAUCAGAAAGUUCACAAGAACUCAAGCGGGAUAAGAUGAACAAGAAAAAACGAAUCGCUUCUUUCUAACGCUGCUUUCGGCAGUAAAACUAGACAGGAUGAGGCUGUAUCUUCGUAAGUUUCUCCAGGCACUAGCCUGCUUUACAUUUUUGACAUUUAUGAACAUUUUGUACUUAAAAAACGGAGAGAAUUUUGAUGGGUUUGAAAGUGACCAAAGUUUGAGACAUUUGUCCCAAGAUGGCGACAGUGCUUUAGUGAAAGGACCUCAAGCACCCCUGAAGAAAAGGUCAUUAGAAAAUCAAAUUCAUCACAGAUCAAAACGUGAAGUCUACAAUAGACGACAAAGUAAAACAAUCAGACAACUCAAAAAUACUGACAAUAAUACCAAAGAAGAUGAGCAUGAAAUUGAGCUACAGGACUUGUACAUCUCCAUAAAAACUACAGAAAAGUUUCAUAAAACUAGAUUGGAGUUACUUUUACAGACAUGGAUUGUAAUGGCAAGAGAUCAGACGUUUAUAUUCACGGAUACAGAUGACGAAGAGUAUACCAAGAAAACAAAUCAUCAUAUGAUCAACACAAAUUGCUCAAAGGGACAUAGUAGGUCUGCUCUGUGUUGUAAGAUGUCAGUGGAGUUUGACACAUUCAUUGCAGCUAAUAAAAGAUGGUGGUGCCAUGUGGAUGAUGACACAUAUGUCAAUGUACCUGCACUCCUGCGGCUGCUACGUCAGUACGACAGUCAUGAAGACUGGUACCUGGGCAAGCCAAGUCUCACACAUCCCAUAGAAGCCAGGAAUAUGGCUACCAAUCAAAAAGAAGCAUUCUGGUUUGCAACUGGUGGUGCUGGCUUCUGCCUUAGUAGAUCUCUAGCAUUGAAGAUGGUCUCACAUGCAGGAGGAGGCAAGUUUAAAUCUGUAUGCAACAAUAUCCGCUUGCCAGAUGACUGUACUAUAGGAUACAUUAUAUAUACCCAGUUGCAGAAAAAGUUGACAGUCGUAAGCAGUUUCCAUUCCCAUCUAGAAGGUCUCUGGAGAGUGAGGGACCUUGAAGAUCAGCUGACAUUCAGUUAUUCCUCAUUUGCCAACCAGAAGCAGAAUCUUGUUAGUGUGUCAGGGUUUGAUGAGAACAGAGACCCAACCAGGUUCUGGUCUAUCCAUUGCCAUCUGUUCCCCUACCUCAAGGACUGUGCCAGAUAUAGCUCAACCAAACACUCUGAACAAGUGGUCAACAGGUGACCACAUCAUUGAGGCAUAUGAGCCAAGCAGAACCAUUGGAAGAAUUGAGAUGUACAGUAGUCUUCAAACUGUCUUUCUAAAGCUCUAUGGAGAUGACCUUUGGGCCUCAAUGAUGAUUGACAU